CUGUUGAUAGGAUCGUGGACUUCAAUAAAAUAUACAAUAAAUUGCAAUUUAAAAAGUUAAAUUUAAGAAAUCAAUGAAAAACCCCCCAAAAUUUGCCCAAAAUGCCAUGUAGAUAGGUAACAGAUGCAAAAUACAUAUUUCAAAUAAAUUACAAUAUCUCAGCGAAAUUUCAUUUUUGGGGGAAAAUAUUUGGCGGACUAAUUAUUGUGAUGAUGUAAAAUGUAUACGUCAUAACAUUGUUGACGUAAUUAAUGCCAUUAAUCAACGCCGGAUCAAAGAAUUCUCAGUAUGAACAUGUAGAUAAGGGACAAAAAUCGAAAAUGGCCACCUCAGAAUCAGGGUCUUUGACUGCUGCAAUACGAAUAAAAAUAAACAAAGAAAUAAGGAAACAGAAAAAGGUUGAGCAGACUCGUGAAUGGAGGAGGAGAGUAAGGGAAAUACAAAAGAGUUCUACCACAAAAGAGCAGACAGUAAAGGCUGCGACGCUCAGAAAACGCAAACAGCGCGAAAAAGAACGCAUUAAAAGGGAAAAAAUUGAGAAUAGCAAGAGAAAAGAAAUGGAAAGAAAAUCUAAAUUAAAAGAACGCGAAGAAGUAAAGCAGAGGCGGAAAUCCCUAGCAUAACAGAGAUGGCGCCGAAAAAAAACGCAUGAUUAGUCAAAUUCAGAGCGAAAAUACAGAGAAUGGCAACCUCAAAUCAUUCAGCAACAAAAUGCAAAAAUGUCGAGCUGUGAAAAAAUUGAAAUCAAAUUUACCGAUAUCCCCGACAAAAAGAGCAGCUAUCAUUGCCGCUUUUUUACAAAAUACAAA